GACGGAGACGGAGACGGCGACCUCAUUCUCGCUGAACCAGACACGACGCCUUCUUGUCUCGGUGUGCUCCAACCAAGACACCCCGUCCGCUCUGACACUCCCGGGAGGAGAGACCGGCUUGGUCAGGUCGGUGCGCUGGCAGGGAUCCCAUCCAGGAUGUUGCCUGAAUACUCGAACAACGGCUCGUCCGUCUCAUGGAGCCCGGUGCUGCCAAUGGCCGCUGUGCUGUUCCACAUUCGCAGCUCCCAAGCGCUCCGUGUAUGCGCUGCCGAGAAGAGGCAUCACGUCUCCGGCGCCCAACGUCUGUUCUCAAAGCUCGCGAAGCCCAACCGUGUCACAACAGCGGCCACCGUUUUCCUGCCUUCUAGCCUUUCCACGAGAGACUUUUCAGACCGGACGCUAUACGCGAACGGACGGACGGCGGGCGUCAGCAACCGUCAUCCCCCCCCCCCUCCCUUCCCUCCCCCUCUGCUCCGUCAAUUGUCUGCCGAACCGUCCAACCAGCGAGAGUCCUCGGGACACUUGUUUGCGUCGUACUGCGCACACGGGAGGGAGAGGAGCAGCAAGACCUUUUUCUUUUCUUUUCUUUUCCGUUCUUUUCUUUUCUUUUUUCGAUGUCGAUUCGAGGGGUGUCGUCUAGAGAGAGAGGGAGAGAGAGAGAACAAAUUAUUCCAAUAAAUAAAAACCAAAAGAGAUCGCUUCCCCCCCGUCAUCUUACCUCGUCAAAACGACAAUAACCUCCUGCAAAUCGUUUUUAUUAUUAUUUUAAUCAUUUUACUCUCUCCCUCGCCUCUUUCCUUCUUUCUUUGCAUAUGCUGGACUGACCUGAGCGAGCAACCUGUAGACGACCAGACCGGCCAGCUCUUGGUCGCUCGACCCCCUCUGACCUCUGAGUCCGUCCCUCGAGUAUGCUAUCAGCGCACCCAAAAUCUCAGCACAGGGCGUGGCGAUAGUAGAUUUACCUUGCAGAUGCCA